GAAAAAACUGUUAGACACAUGCGACCUUAAGAAAAGUUUUAAUUUUCAAUAACGCAUUAUAUUUUUAUGUCCAGUUUUAUUAUGAUUUAUUUUAAACGCAACAGAACGUUUGUGCAUAUUCUGUAAUUCAAACUUUGCAAAAUGCUUCUUUACAAAGCAGAGCAUUAUUGGCAAUACCAUGUCAUCAGGUGGCGCGAGUGUGAAAGUGUUCUAAGGAAACUCCGUGAAGAACUGUUGUAAAAUAAAAACAACGUUUAUAAGAAAAACGUAGCUAAUAUCUGAAGCUUGAAGAUGGAAACAGCUUCUGAUGAUUGCCCUACUGGUAUUUUGAUUGAUAUUGAUUUGCAAACAGAAGUUUUAAGCUAUACUAGAAAUGAAAAUAAAAAAAGUCAAGUAGUUAAAAAUAAAAAAGAGAAAAAUAUUGUUGCAGAUACUGGAUCUUCACAUCCAUGGGCGUCAUAUUGUCUUAUGGACCAAUCUCCUCUAAAGCCUCCACCAAUACUCCAAAGGAAUAUAUGUUUCACUCCAAAAUCAAACUGGAAGACACCAUCACCUAAAAGCAUGAAAAUUAUUAGUCGUGAGGCAUCUCGCAUUGUUGAUCAGUUGUAUUCUUCACCUAUUAAUUGCUCAGAAGCUAUGAUAUGUGAUGAAGUUUUUCCUGCCGUAAAAUCUUUAGAUGAUGCGUGUUUUGAUGAAGAUCAUAUUAAACCCAGAAACCUCUUUGCAACGAAUGUGACUUUUACUCAUGAAAAUGUUGACCGAAGUAAUCCUGACUCAUUUAAUUUGGCAGAAUGCACUGUUUCUGAUAUUAGCAGUUCAAAAAGUGUCGGUGUUUUGGAUGAAAAGCUUUCUGCAGUAGUGUUGCAGUCUGAUAGAAAAUCUCCAAUUGAACACGAUUCCAUUUCUGAAAAAAUAAUUGCAAGUGUGGUCCCUGAAAAUGCACCUAGUCAAGAAUCAUAUGACAAGUUUUGUGUGAAUGAUAAAAAUAAGGUAAAAUUUGUCACUUGUGCAGUAAAUUCAAGUUCUGUUAAUCCUGAAUAUGCAAAUGUGUCAAGUGACAAACUGCUCGCACCCGAGUCUGAAGUAACUAUACAUAAAAAAAUGCCUGUUGUUACAAAGGGUUUUGGUUUUAAAACUUCUUUGAAGACUUAUGCUGAAGAAAAUGUACUCCAAGCUAAUGGUACUAGACAACCAAAAUAUGGAGGAAAAUUUUCGAAAACAGAAAAAUCUUGCAGUUCUAGUGAAGAUGGAACAAAGGAGACAAAAGUAAGAAAAAAUCAAAUUUUGAAGGAUGAAUCCAUUUUAACACAAUCUUCAAAAAAGAAUAUUACUGCAAAGUAUCAAGGUUUAGAAAAGAAGAAAGAUAAAGAAAAUCAAAAUUUAGAAGAUCAUUUUUCUGAAAAUAUGGUUAGGAAAGCUGAAACUUUUCUGCAAAAAUCUAACAUUGUGCGAUCUCAAUCACUUUUUUGUAAACAGGAUCGUUUGUGCAAGACUGAGAAAUUGUUAGAAACUCCUACUGUUGUAUCAUCAGUUCGUCGCUUUAAUUCGUUUCAUGCUGGGAGCUCUAGGAAUGCCAUUCCAACUGCCGAGAAAAAGAUUCCAACCACUUGCUCAUCUUCCAGAGUUUUAAAGCCGAAGAUGUCUUUGAAUCAAGUUUCAAGUAAUGGAAUCGAAUAUUCUACACCUUUGCAAUUUGGGAAAUAUUCUCAAAACUUCAAGAAUACUGACUUGUCUGCUACAAACCCAAUGCGAAGAAAAUCGCUUGCAUUUAAUUCCAACGUCUCUUUGAUUGUUAGUAAUAAAAAAAAUUCUCAAAAUGAUCAACAUUCCAUUACUAAAAAACCUGCAGAAACUUCUUCCAAUAGACUUGGAUUUGGGAAGAAGUUGAAUGUACCAUCAUCUCAUCCCAAAUUAAAGAAUGACAGUUUAUCCAGAAAAUUGUUUCCUUAAUUGCAAAACAUAAUAUGGUCCAAGAUAAAUGUAUCGUGGGCUCUGCAGGCUCAAUAAGUCAAGUGCCUUACAACAAUCCUAAACGUUUAUAAAAAUAAUUCAAAUCUUAUAUAUUACGGUGGUUGAUCUAUGUUGCAGGGUAAAAUUAUAUUGAUGAUUUUUCGAAUGUUGAUAAAAUGUAUUAUAAUAUGUGAUAAUUUGUAAAUUAAAUGAAAUGUUGGAUAUUUCGUGUGGUGUAAAAAUAAAUU